UAGUGGGCAGCCGCUCCAGUGCUGAUCUCAGUUUCGUUUCAGCACUCGCAGCAUGAAAGGUGCAAAUUAUUUUCUGUUCUGCCUGUUGGCCCUGAAGCUAAGCGGCGCAGCGAGCAGCAGCAGCAGCAGCGGGACUAAUGAUACACCCAGCGUUGCUCUAACCCGCCAGGCCAUCGAGCUGGGCAUGGAGCCAGCGGCUUUGGGAGAAUUGUGGAGAACCAAACAGCCGGUGAUAGUCAGCAAGCCGGAUGCACUGGGUCAGCUGCAUACGACGACCUACACACUCUCGCCGGAUGGCCAAAGCAUAAGCAAGACUUCCAGCCAGGACCAACUGCCGUCAACGACGACCGCAACGCCCCCAGCGCAGUCGACGCCCAAGCCCGCGACGAAUCCUCAAACGGAUUGGGAAUACUUGCCAUCGAGCGUGGGCAAUCGACGCACUUUCACCCUGGGUAGCAAUUCGCCAUUUGACGAGCAUUGGCCAAGUUUUCGCGGCUGGCCUAGCUUUGACUUCCCAGCGGGCGUAACUCCGCAGACAAGUACCAAAACCGAGAAGGAUGAUCAAGGACGCACAGUGACCACCACGAUCAAGACAUAUCGAGGACCUGUGGGCAGCGCCACCUGGUCGGCGGGCACAGACCUGAAGCCGAACUGGCCCAGCUUUGAGUUCCCGUCGGGCAUUGUGCCGCAGACAAGCACCAAAACGGAGCAGGAUAAUCAGGGCAACACGAUUACGACCAGGACACGCACCUACAGUGGACCGCUCUUUCGCACUUGGACCUCGAUUGGCGGCGAUGUUGGAGGAGGCUUGCCAGCCAGCUGGCAGCCAUCUACCCCUGCCCUAUUUGAUCAGGGUUUGCCGCCAUGGUUCAAGAAUCCAAGUUUCGCAUCUGGAGUAGAUGGAGCUGCUGCUGCACCCGCACCUGGAGCUGGAGCUGGAUUUCUUCCAGCAGCCGGAGAGCUACCCAGUUUAGUGCCAACGACUACGGUUAAGCCCGUGUUGGAGCCCGUGCCGCUGCCCACGCCGCUGCCCUUCCCGACCCGACAACCGCAAAGCAGCGAUUACCCGCCCCUGCCCACAGCUCCGCCCAAGCCGUACGACGAGCCCCUCAGGCCGGUGACCAACAUCAAUCUGGACGAGCUGCCCGCUACAAAGAUUAGCUAUCGCAGCAACUUCAACUCGGUUGAGCCACCAAAGACCGCCGAACUGGAGCCACAUGUAAGGGAGAUGCUGAAUCGUGGCGGCAUCACCGACGACGACAUUCAACGCGCCAAGGACCUGGGCAACGAAGUGGUGCGCACGCGUGUCCUGCCCGAUGGCAGGAUAAUCAAGACAACGGUGCGCGUUAACAACUUGACAGGGAGUGCACCACCCGCAGCAUUUGCACCACCUGCACCACUUGCACCACCCCCACCACGGGAUAGCGCAAUCGAAAACUUUCUGUCUCAGGUGCAUCUGACGCCAACGGACAUUCACAAUCAAAACGGGGAACUGGUCAAAACGAUUGUCGACCAAAAUGGACGCGUCUUGAGUGUCAGAUUUGUGCUAAGCGAUGUGAAGGGAGACGAGGGCCAAAGAGCAGCUCAAGAGCAGCCACCGAAGUAGAAAAGUAGAGUGAAAAUAAUCAAGUGAAGUGUGAGACAAUUAAAAUACUAAACAAG